CCGAAUUGACACGUGUGUUUGCUCUCUCUCUCUCUCUCUUCCGCGUGUUUAGAGUUGGAUUGGAAAUUUGGAACCUGGAAGCAAUUGGUACGGGUGAGUACUAUCAUCAGCACGGCACGGUUGAUCUUCUUCCGUUGCCGUCCUUUCUUAUUUUCUGUAUCUACAGAAACGCUGCAUCAGUACAGUGAUAGAUUUUAUAUUGCAUGACUGAGCAACAUCCCCUACUGCGUAUGGCUUUUCAUGUGGCUUAGGUGAUUGUUCUUCGCAAUUUCUCUGGUCAACUCUCUCAGACUGGAGUGAGAUGAUAUAUUGACUUUGAAGGAUAACAUGAUGGGCAGACAACAAAAAGUUGCCAAAUUGACUACAAAGAAGGAUCAACUCAUUGAACUGCCAGAUGGGGUUCUUUCCACAAUUAUUUCUAUGCUGACAUUGAGAGAGGCUGUGAGAACAAGUAUCUUGUCAAAACAAUGGAGGUACAUUUGGACUUGUCAUGCUGACCUCUGGUUUGAUUCUGCUAAAGUACUUGGGAACAGAGCAUACUCCACAAGCAUAUCGAACUGUCAACCUGAAUCUGAUAGAAUACUACAAAGGCUUAAGUUUGUGGAGAGGGUUGAUCGUUUUAUGCAUCUACGGAGCAAAGGCACAAAAAUAGACUCUCUUACCAUCCAUUUUCACUUAGGCAAAGAUUCUGCUCCUCACCUAGAUCAGUGGAUCAGUUGUGCAAUCACCAAGGGAGUUGAAAAUAUAGAUCUUGAUUUGUCAGAGUCAUGUAGCUUUAAGAUGGAUUAUUCCUCCUCAUCCCCAUUAGAAAAAUACAAGUUCCCAUACUGGCUUCUUGCUAGCACUGGAAAAAAUUGUAGUGUAAAGCACCUGAAACUGGCCUCAUGCAGUCUCAGUCCACGAUGUUCUUGCAACCUCACCUCCCUGACUAACAUUCAGCUGCAAGGUGUGAAUAUCAGUGAUCAACAGCUGGAAAGUCUUAUAUCCAGUUGCUCGUGUCUUGAAGAACUUAGUUUGCACCAAUGCAGUGAUCUUGUCAGUUUAAAAUUUGCUGGUCCAAACAUCCAGCUGAAGCUUUUGCGUGUAAAAGAAUGUUUCAGACUGCAGAAGAUGGAAUUAUGUGCAGAGAAUCUUGUUUUAUUUGAAUACAUUGGUAAUUUCAUCAGCUUCUGCUUCAAAAAUGUCCCAAAGUUGGCCGCAGCUUUUCUAAGUUUCACUGGAGAGGGUAGACUGGAAGGUGGAACUUUUGCUCUCACAAGAUUUGCAAGUGAUCUACCUGAAUUGGUGACUCUAAAUUUAGUCUUGAUAUUGACAAUGAAGAUAAUAAAGCUACCGGAAGAUGCACCUAAAUUCAUCAAUGUCAAGCAAUUGGUGCUGACUAUUUUCCCUUUUAAUGACGAUGAUGACCUCUUGUGGAUUAGUUAUUUGCUGAAGGCUUUUCCUCUGUUGCACAAACUACAACUAAAUUUAUUUUGCCCAAGCUUUAUCAUACCGAGGGACAACCAAAGAAACCUUCCCGGCUGCCCUCAUUGGCACCUGACCGACCUAGAGAUAAAUGGAUUUUAUGGUAAUCAGCAUGAAGUUGAGCUCGUCAAGUAUCUCAUCAACAAUCUAGUGGAACUCAAAGUUCUGGCGGUAGGUCCCUGCCAGAAGGUCUAUAGAGGAUGCCACAACUGGGUUCACCAUGAAGCAGCCUCAUGGUAUAAGCUCAGAAAGGAGUCUGUACGCAGGUGGCUUCAUUCUGUCAUUCCUCCAACAGUCCACCUCAAAAUCUGGUGACAUAGCUUCUGGUACUUAAUUUAGUUUGAAAUCUUUUUCCCAGAAUUGACAUGCACCAUGAUACCGACUGUUAUUGUAUGCCAGUCCUUGGUAGUGUUUUGCAUAUGUUGGAUCACUCUUUGUGAGCAAAGAGAAGAGAGGAAGCCUGGAAAUGUGGUUUACUCAUAAUGUUUUUGGCUUAAGUUCAAAUGAUAGGAAGAGAUAGAUUACAUGGCCCUUUGCUGAUUGUGUCGAGUUCAAAUUAUAAAAGAUAUACAAAGCAUGUUGAACAUGAGAGGAUGAUUCAUUCGUAUAUUUAAACGAUCUAACAGCUUAUAAAACAAGAGAGCCGCUGCUUAC